AUGACGCUUGUAUUCCAACCCGGAAAUAGCAGCGGCAUCAAACCUCUCUUCUGUUUCGCCUCUUCUAGCGUGGUAGUCAGUCCAGAGCCGUGUUUCUCUCUGAGCGUCGAGAUCGGACUGGCUUCGCAUUGGAAAACAAAAGUAGCAGCAGCAGCAGCACCAUCAAAGGGAAUGCACAGCCCACCAGCCUCCAGCUCAGUUCUGUGUGCCCAUAUGUGA